AGUGCACUGAACAAGUCUCGUUAAGAGCACGACUUUUUAUGCCCGUUUGCUUUUCUUCAUCCAAUCCAAUCGAGUGACACUGCUUUGUUCUCUCUUUCUUGGAGGACUUCUAUCGAACACCUUGCGAGCUUCUCAGCUUCACCACGGUGCCCAUGGACGCCUCUCGCCUGCUCCACCUCUACCGCCGCGACCGCAGGAAGCUCCUCGAGUUCGUGCUUUCCUCUGCCCCUGCUGGAACUUCUUCGGACUCCUCUUUGGAUUUGAGCUCUGUUGAUUUGGAUACUCUUAGCAUUGACUACGUCCUCGAUCGCGUUCAAUCCGGUGGAGGUCUUGAUUUCUCCGAGGGUAAAAAGCAGUUCUUUGAUGAAAUGAAGUUCCCUGUUAUGCUAAAAUCAUUACCUCGGAGUACAUUUUUCCUUAUUUCAAACAUGAAUAUGUCUGGAUCUCCUCCGCAGCGAAUUCCUCCUCAGAUUUUAUCAAAUGUAACUUAUGACCGUCCAUCAUGUUUAUCAAAGCAGUCAACUCCUUACACCGGUCCUGAAAUUGGCCAGUAUGGUGUUGAAAUUGGUUCAGGAAUUGCAGCAGCAGAAGUUGCACAAGUUCAAUUAGGCAGAGAUGCAAAUUUGCCCUCUUUAGGUUUACCUGCCUUGCGCACAGGAUUGUCAGAUGAUGAUGUCAGAGAGACAGCCUAUGAGAUUCUGCUUGCUUCUCUGUUCCUCUCAGGAGUACGAGUGCAUUUCUCUGAAGAGAGAAAGAGGUCAAGACACUUAAAAGGAUUGAGGUCUAAAAAAGAUGUGUCAAAUCAUCGUUCUCUACCCACAGAUAGCUAUUCUGAAUUGCUGGAUAUAAUUCGUGUACAAAUGGAGAUUUCAGAAUCAAUGGAUGCACUCAUUAAACAAGGUUUGAGGGGCUUCUGUUCAGGGACAAUGAAUGAAAAUGUUGAUGUUCCCCAAAUAGCACUGGAGCUGCUAACUACCAUUAGUAAGUCAGAUUUUUCUAAUGAGAAGGCAUACACACAUUGGCAUAAGAGACAGGUAAAUACCUUGGAAGAGCUACUUCUUGGUUCUCAUGGAUUUGUUACUGAACAAAAACUAAGUAGUUUCUUCUCAGAGCUAAAAAAUAUAAGGGCUUGGGUUUCAAAUAAUGGCUCCGCUGGACAUGUUGAAGUUCUGACUGCUAUAAGAAGAUUUGCUUCAAGUUUGUCCAGUAAGCCUGGAAAGUUUGGCAUUCCAAGUGAAACCUACUACUGGACAGAGAGCUACCAUCUAAAUCUUAGGCUUUAUGAGAAAUUUCUCUCCAGUGUUUUUGAUGUUCUUGACGAUGGUCAGAUUAUAGAGGUGGCUGAGGAAAUUAUUUCCAUUUUCAAGCUGACCUGGCCCACAUUAGGAAUCACUAAAAAGAUACAUGACAUAUUAUAUUGUUGGGUGCUUUUUCAACAGUUCACACGGACCGGAGAGGUUACACUAUUAGAAUUGGCCUUCUUUGAAAUACAUAAGGUUGCAUCAAGAAGUGACGGUGAUGUAAAUGAGGAGGCGUACUUUAGAAGUCUUAUUUGUUCAGCAGAGGUUUACUGCUAUAAAAAGAAGAUGAGUUUGGUAGAUGCUGUGUUCUUUAAUAUCAAAUGGUGGUGUGGCAAGCAGUUAGAGGACUAUCAUUUGCAUUUUAAUGAGGAUAACUCUGCCAUCUAUGAGAGGAUGAUGACCUUGGCAACAUUUGUGGAGGAAUGUCUUGCUGAUGAAUGCAGAGACAAUGAGUGUAGCAAAUUAAUGGAUGCAACUGAAGCAGCAUCUAAGUUAGUGCAAUCAUUUGUGGAAAAGUCAAUUCAGGCUGCAUACAAACGAGUCCUUGACUUACUGCAUAUAAAAUCUAAAACGGAGCAAAAGCAUCCUUUGGCUAUCCUUGCUAAUGAAUUGAAGUUAAUUGUUGAGAAAGAUGCCAAUGUGUUUAUUCCCAUAUUAUCCCUACAUUUUCCUCAAGUGAUAAUGCAUUCUUCUAGAAUUUUGCACCAACUUUAUGGGGAGCAGCUGAGGCCUUUCUUGGAAGGUGUCACACAUCUUUCAGAAGGUGCCAUCUCUGUGCUUGCAGCAGCUACUAGUUUAGAGCGUUCUCUGACUAAAAUACUUGGUUCGAUGUGCGGAGAUGGUGUGGAAUCACUUUGUAGCAAUCAUUUGCAACCAUAUCAGGUUUAUUUUGCAGUUUCAUUCUUAUUUACAUGAGGAUGUUUACUUCUGGUUUGAAUUUUGCUUAAAUACACUCCUAAGUGCUGUAUUCUGGAUUUCAUAUCCUAUUAGUUAUUCUGUUAAUUAUAAUGUGGCAUAGAUUCUGUUGUGAUAUUGUGAUUGUAAGAUAUGCUGCACAACUAUAAGUUAAAGAACAACAAUAUAAACUAUGUUCUAAAUUGCACUUAGCCUGAUUUGUUUAAUCAAGGAAUUAAUAAGUGGAUCCCUUUCUGGCCAAUUUGCCUUUAGAUUCAGUGGCAAGCCUUUUUGACCAUAGUUGAAGCUAGGGUCAUUAGUGUUGGCACUAACCAAUGGAUCAUAAUCCAUUAGCCCAAAACCAUUUCCUCAUCAAACCAUCAACUUAAAUCAAUGGCUCAUAAAACCAUCUCCUCCAAACCUUUGGCCCAAACUAAUUACCCUAAACUAAUGGCUCAUUAAACCAUCAACAUGCAACCUUGGUUUUGUGUGAUUUGUGGGCUGGUUCCUCUCUAUAAAUAUAGAGGUUCUCAUUCCAUUUCAACACAACUUGAGUGAAGGAGAACAAGUGAG